CAAACACCAAACUCAGAAUCAGCCUUGUGUUAUUGGUCGUCUAUUCUGCCCACCGUUUUCAACACCAAGUACCUUACUACCCGCAAUCAUGAGUCCUUCAGUGGAUGCAUCGCUCUCUCUUGUUCAUGGACCGACCUCGCCGCCUCUCAUUAUUAAGCCACUUGGAUCUCUUAUCGAAGAACAAUCGAAGAAGCAUGGGGACCGCCCUGCCGUCAUUGUCCCCUGGCAAUCUACACGGCUCACUUAUCGGGAGCUCGCAGACCGCAGCAAGGUCAUAGCCAAAGCAAUCCUCGAGGUCGGACUUCACCAUGGAGACCGUGUGGGAAUCAUCGCGGGAAAUUGCUAUCAGUACAUUGAGCUUUUCCUUGGUGCUGCCCGCAUUGGAUGUCCCUACGUCGUUUUCAACAAUACCUACUCACCCGACGAGUUGAAAAAUGCUCUGUUGGCUAGUGGCUGCAAACUCCUCUUGAUGUCGCCUCAAAUAGGGACAAAGUCGCUGUCGCCGCAUCUAGAUACGCUCUUGAGUCUUGACAAAGGACAGUCUCCGCUCAAGCAAAUUGUCUACCUGCAAAAGUUCGAGCAAGCCCCUCAGGGUAGCAUGCUCGAAUCUUACAAUUCCUUCUUCAACCGCGGACAGUCGAUUUUCAUGAACGAUUCUGUCUUGAGACGAGCAGCCCGCAAGGUUCGCCCUUCGGAUGUACUGAACCUGCAGUUCACUUCCGGAACUACGGGUCGCCCGAAAGCCGCCACUCUCACCCAUAUCAACUUGAUGAACGAUGCACAGUUCGUGGGGGAUGCCAUGCGUCUAACCGAGACAGACGUAGUGUGUUGCCCCCCACCCCUGUUCCAUUGCUUUGGUCUCAUCAUGGGAUUUCUGGCUUCCUUCUGUCACGGCAGCUCCAUUGUGUUUCCCUCUGACAACUUCAAUGCCGAGGCAACACUGUCCGCCGUGGUAAGUGAGAAGGCCACAGCCCUGCUCGGAGUGCCAAGUAUGUUUCUUGCCGAAUUAGAGGCGCUCCAGAAGUCGGGGUCUUCAAUCAACACCGUCCGGACAGGCCUCAUGGCAGGCUCGCCUGUACCAGCCUCGUUGAUGACCGAUGUACGCGAAAAGAUGCACAUCGAGGGCAUUCUGAUCGCCUAUGGAAUGACGGAGACAAGCCCAGUCACAUUCAUCACGUCCCUUGAAGAUUCUCACGAGAAAAGAGUUGCCUCCGUGGGCAAGGCCCUUCCUCACACUGCGGCUAAAGUGGUAGAUGCUCAGGGAGCCAUUGUGCCACGUGGGACUCGAGGAGAACUGUGCACCAGUGGUUUCGCAUUACAGAAAGGUUACUGGAAAGAUCAAGAGAGGACAAAGGAAGUGAUGAAGCUCGACGACCAGGGAGUGGUGUGGAUGCACACAGGCGACGAAGGAUUAAUCGACAACGAUGGUUACGCGCAAAUCACCGGACGCAUCAAGGACUUGAUUAUUCGAGGUGGCGAAAAUAUCUCCCCGACUGAGAUUGAGGAUAGAUUGCUAAGCCAUCCAGCCGUUUCUGAGGCUUGUGUCGUUGGUCUCCAGGACAAGAGAUACGGCGAGGUUGUCGCAAGCUUUCUCCAGACCGCGACGGGCACUGUGAAGCUUACUGAUGCGGAAGUCAAGGCUUGGGUGACGGAGAAGCUGGGACGGCACAAGGCACCUGAGCAUGUGUUCUGGAUCGGGCACCCCGAAGUUGGAAGCAGCCUGCCCAAGACCGGGAGUGGGAAGUAUCAGAAGCAUCUUGUUAGAGAUUUGGGAGACGCGCUGCUUAACAAGUCAGCGAGACAGGCAAAGCUGUAGAAUUAGCCACUUUUAGUUACAUCGUCACUCCACUUGCGGAAAGUCACU